AUGUUGUAUAAAUUCUCAACCAUUUUGUUACUGAUUAAUAUAUUCUUAAGUAUUUGCAAAGUUAAAGCUCGUUGUAGCGAAAAUGCUUGUAAAAAUGAUAAUGAUAGUGUAUCUAUCAUAACUUCAUUUAUGGAUUAUUUGGCCAAUCCAGAUAAAUGUUACAAUAUUUGUUGCCCCAAAGGACCUGUACGCCUAUUUGAAUCGAAGAUCUAUCUGACUAAGACUGAUAACUUUGGAUAUCCAAUUGUUGAAAAACAAUUCACUACAUCAUAUCACUAUCCUAAUUGGUUUGAUAGAUUUAAAGGCAGAACAUGCAAAGUCAAUGAAGUAAAUAAUCAGCCUAUUAUUACCAAUGAAAAAUGGAUCAAUAACAUAAAAAAAUCUAAUCGUCGUGUUACGUACUAUGAUAAACAUGCACUGGUUUACGCAGAUAUUAUUAAGACAUAUGAUAUUAAGGAUAUAUACAUAUCAUUUUUGGGAUAUUGCACAGAUUCUUUAAAACUAUCUGAAUUGGCAAAAAGAGAUAAUUUCGUCAUGUCAUUCAGUUCAACUUCUUUUAUCUCCCUAAAGUGUCCGACACGUAGCAAAUUGAUAAUUAAUAGUGCAAUUGUGAGGGGAGAUCAGUUUUGUAAUGGCGGCAAUGCAUAUGACUUGACUGACUUGGUUAAAAAUGAGUGUAAUGAUAAAUCUUCCUGUAAAGUCGAUGUUAAAGCAAAGAAACCUGACACGACCAAGUUUUGUACAAAUAACAAUAAAAUCAUUUUAGUAGACGCAUCAUGUAAGAAAUGA